UUCGCUUACUUUUUCUUCUCCCAUAUCUCUCUCUCUCUCUCUCUCCCCUUUUAUAUGCUCCCUCUUGUUUCCUCUCCAUCAACCAGUUCGUAUUGGGUUAUCUCCGCUGAGUCUCUCCGCGCUUCAACAUCCACAUAGAAAAGGAAAAUAGAAAAAGAAAAAGAAAACAAUUAACAGGGCAAUAUAGAUGGCUGGACAACAAGGGACACUGAGUGGUUCAACAAAUGUUCCUGUUAAGUACAAAAUAGAGAAUUCACCUGAAGAUUCUAUUCGGGAUGGGUGGGUUAAAAUACAAGAUAUGGAGGUUGAGUUUGAGAGGUCAUUUUUGGGAUUUGAAACUGAGAGGGAAGCAAAGGUUGUUCAUAAGAAUUUGUCAAAACUCCAAGGUGUGAGCUUUCUCAAGUCAUAUUUCAUCAUAAAACACCAAAAUCAAGAUCGCUACUGGCUUGCUGUGGACAAGAUUCAAUAUAGCUUAGAAAAAUAUAAAACGGAACAUUCGAGAAUUUGGAGCGGUUUACGACUUGAUUCACAAUAUCAAGAUAUAAUCCGGGGCAUUAUAAUUGGCAUGUGUGAACUUCAUGGCCAAAGACACACUCAUGGACGUCUCUCAAUCAAAGACAUUUUGAUUGUGAAUGGCAAGCCUAAAUUUGCCUUCAUAAGAAAUGAGUUUCGUCCUCCUUUGGAGGGUGACAAUGAGUGUGAAACCCACAAAAAUAAUUUAUAUCAGGAUUUUAACGAUCUGAAGAUUCUGUUUGAGAAGGUGAUUGGUCGUCGUGAGAACCAUGUCGAAUUGAAACAUUUUUAUGAGAGCGCUAAAGUCAACAAUGCGUCGGGUCUGUCAAAAUUGUACUUUCAUCCCAUUUUAAUGGCUCCAAUGGAAAGGUUCUUUCAACCGGUUAGUAUGGAUACUCUAGCAAUGUAUCCUGGUCAUGAAAAGGCCAAAAAAGCUGGGGAUUGUUUUAGAGAUGUUUUGAAUGAAGAAACAAAAAAGUCGUAUUGUUAUGAUUGGAUUAAAGACGUUAAAGGUCAAAAGUACUACGAAAAGAUUAUAAGUUUUGAAGAAGAAAAGAAAGAAGAAAAGAAAAAAGCUGAAAACAAAAGACGACGUGGUCCAACUGGCGAAAGUCCACCUGAUCUAAGUUACUGGCAUGCCUUCAAAGUUGUGAGGCAUGCUAUUGUCCACAUCAAUGAACAUACGAAGACGAAUAAGAAAACGGAGAAAGAUGUAGAGAGAGAGUUAUCGGAAAUGUUCCCAGAGUAUUUCAAUAAAGCAUACGAUCUCUUCAAACUCGAAGAAAUCGCUUCAGGUUCCAGGAAAAGAUGUGGCGAUGUCGUCUAAUUAGAAAUGAGGAAAUGUGUGUUGAGAGUACGAGACUCUCAUUUUGCUGUGACUCUAUGUGUAAGUUAAGGGUUGUAUGUGUGUGAGUUUGAAUAACUGUUUUGUGUAACCAGGCUCAAGCCUUGAAAACUUGUAAACCCCUUGAAGGUAUUUAUUUGUUUUUUUACUUGUUGUUGGAUUAA